AUGUUUGUCACAUAUGGGAAACUUGCAGAUGUGCACGUCACAUAUGGGAAACUUGCAGAUGUGUUCGUCAGAUACGGGAAACUUGCAGAUGUGUACGUCACAUAUGGGAAACUUGCAGAUGUGUACGUCACAUACGGGAAACUUGCCGAUGUGUACGUCACAUACGGGAAACUUGCAGAUGUGUACGUCACAUACGGGAAACUUGCAGAUGUUUAUCACAUAUGGGGAAACUUGCAGAUGUGCACGUCACAUAUGGGAAACUUGCAGAUGUGUUCGUCAGAUACGGGAAACUUGCAGAUGUGUACGUCACAUAUGGGGAAACUUGCAGAUGUGCACGUCACAUACGGGAAACUUGCAGAUGCGUACGUCACAUAUGGGAAACUUGCAGAUGCGUACGUCACAUACGGGAAACUUGCGAUGUGUACGUCACAUACGGGAAACUUGCGAUGUGUACGUCACAUACGGGAAACUUGCGAUGUGUACGUCACAUACGGGAAACUUGCAGAUGUGCACGUCACAUACGGGAAACUUGCAGAUGUGCACGUCACAUACGGGAAACUUGCAGAUGUGUACGUCACAUAUGGGAAACUUGCAGAUGUGCACGUCACAUACGGGAAACUUGCCGAUGUGCACGUCACAUACGGGAAACUUGUCAAAGGUUUACCCCGAGAAUUCGGCUUCCUCUACCCACAAGGACUGGCCGCCAUCGUGGAAACCUUCCAGUGGCAUUUAAACCGCAUCAAAGUUUAUCAGAUCUACUAG